AUGGCUUCAACUUCAACAGUCCUCAUGAAAACAAUCCUCAUCUUACUCAUCUUUGUCUCUUUUACAAUCUCUCCGGCAACUUCAAUUGCGCCGGAAAAAUGCGGAAUCGAGUCAGCCAACAUGUGCAUCGACAAGACUAAAGCUUUGCCUCUCAAAAUCAUAGCCAUUGCCACAAUCCUAGUAGCAAGCAUGAUUGGUGUUGGAGCUCCUCUCUUUAGCAGUAACGUGCCUUUCCUUCAGCCCGACCGGGACAUUUUCACUAUCGUUAAGUGUUUCGCCUCAGGGAUUAUCCUAGGAACCGCUUUUAUGCACGUUUUGCCUGAUUCCUUUGCGAUGUUGGCAUCACAAUGUCUUGAAGAGAACCCAUGGCACAAGUUUCCGUUCUCAGGGUUUCUCGCUAUGUUGUCCGGUCUAAUCACUUUAGUCAUUGAUGCCAUGGCUACGAGCAUCUAUGCUAGCGAUAAAGCAAAUGAGAUCGUACCACAUGGGCAUGGAAAUGAUUUUUCAGUACCAACAAAAGAUGAAGAUUCUGCACAACUCUUGCGAUAUCGAGUCAUUGCUAUGGUGUUGGAACUUGGGAUCAUAGUUCAUUCUGUGGUCAUUGGACUAUCUCUAGGAGCAACAAAUGACAUUUGCACCAUAAAAUCACUCAUCACAGCUCUUUGCUUCCAUCAAAUGUUCGAAGGCAUGGGUCUUGGUGGUUGCAUUCUCCAGGCCGAGUAUACAAACUUGAGCAAGUUUCUUAUGGCGUUCUUUUUUGCGAUAACAACUCCAUUCGGAAUAGCGUUAGGGAUCGCUCUUUCAACAAUUUACAGAAACAAUAGCCACACUGCAUUGAUCACUGUUGGGUUGCUCAAUGCAUGUUCUGCGGGAUUGCUCAUCUACAUGGCGCUUGUAGACCUUCUAGCUGCUGAUUUCAUGGGACCAAAGCUUCAAGGUAGCGUUAAAUUGCAGAUCAAGUGUUUCGUAGCUGCUCUUCUAGGGUGUGGUGGCAUGUCGGUCAUCGCCAAAUGGGCUUAACCAAUUCCCCGGAUAGUACUUGGGAACUGGAACUGAAGUCAUGUGAGUUUUGUUGUUGAACUAAAAACCUUUUUUUGGUUUAAGUCUCGGUUCGUCUCGAUUCUUUAACGUUUAUUUGUUCCUUUACAAGAUACAUGGUAUCUAUCAUGUGUAAAGUCUGUUAAAAUGUAUGUAUUGUGAUUGGUCGGUCCCACGAGUCUUUCCUUUUGUUUAGGGUUAUUGUCGUAUAUGUUUC